GUUGUAUAAGAGAUGUUGUGUAUAGUACAAAUUUGAAAUUGAAUUUUUCUUAUCUCGUGGAGUAACUAUUGUAGUGGAGAUAUUCGACAGAAAAUUUUCUUAAGAAGUGUAUGACGGAUAGUAAAGUGUUGUGGUAUUCAGUUUAGUGUUUCAGUGUGCUUUAUUCCGUGUCGUUAACUUUCUGGAAUUUGGCGUUAAUCCUACCCCUCGAUUCGAAUUCGUGGGAAUCUCGUGAUAUGGCAAACGUUUUCGCAUGCAGGAGCGCAUGAGAGAAAGAUGUUGUCUACAGGCAUCGGUUAUGUGGGUGGACAAAACUCUGUUUCCGUGACAAAUUCCACGCCUCCGUAUAGCCCACCCCCGAACGGCGGCGGCACCGCCGGCAGACACAGCCCUCUUCCCAGCUUCGGAUUCACUCAGGAGCAAGUUGCCUGCGUCUGCGAGGUACUUCAGCAAGCAGGAAAUGUAGAAAGACUAGGCAGGUUUUUGUGGUCAUUGCCAGCAUGUGAUAAACUUCAUAAUAACGAAUCAGUUUUAAAAGCCAAGGCAAUAGUAGCUUUUCAUAGAGGAAAUUUCAAAGAAUUAUAUAGGAUACUAGAGAGUCACACAUUUAGUCCACACAACCAUUCAAAGCUACAAGCCUUAUGGUUGAAAGCACACUACAUCGAAGCAGAAAGACUAAGAGGUAGGCCAUUAGGUGCGGUAGGCAAAUACAGAGUAAGGCGAAAAUUUCCUCUUCCGAGGACGAUAUGGGAUGGAGAAGAGACUAGUUAUUGCUUCAAAGAAAAAUCUAGAAGUGUUCUAAGGGACUGGUAUUCUCACAAUCCUUACCCAAGUCCUCGAGAGAAGAGGGAAUUAGCCGAGGCUACAGGCUUGACCACGACGCAAGUCUCAAAUUGGUUCAAAAACCGACGACAGAGAGACAGAGCUGCAGAACACAAAGAUAGCACCCAAACAAAUUCAGAAAAACCGCACCUGGACUCCAGUGGCUCGGACAGCGAAAGCGACGGUCAUAAAAUGACAUUCGCGGCCAGUGGGCUUCUCCAAAAUCAACUAAACCCCUAUCAAACGAUCGCCACUCCGUCGCCUUAUUCUUGUCAACCGAUGUACCACCAAGGGCCCCCCGAAAUGCUCCAGGACUAUCAAGCCUUGUGACAAUGGUUACUCGUUCCUCAGAAUAACUAUCCGAACAGUGGCAAUUUUUAGAGAGACUUAUUAUUAUACCUAGUUAUGUUACGUUUAUUGUACAAUUUUUCCCGCAAUUACUACACUGAGAGAAGAAAUUUUCCAUUAUCUAUCUUUAAACAUUAUGUUAUACCUAUUGAAUUUUUGAAUGUCGAUAAAAUCAUGUGAAAAUACGCUUUAUUAGAAAAAUAAACAACUAUACCUUGA